AGAAAAUCAGGGGUGUGGAUUAAUUUCCCCAAGAUGCUAUAUUUCCUUUUCAACCUUACCAAACCACCCAUUGUGAUCUGCCCAAUGAUUUUUUAUUUAUCAUUCCGUAGGACCAACCAGGAUGAACGUCACUUAUUGCUUAUCACAAUAAGUAUAUGUACAUGGACCAUGUAUAUGUAGAAAUGUACACAAUUUGAGUUUCAGAGAACUCCAAUGGCUCUCCUAGAAUGGGUACAGGAACCCACUUUUCUCUAUGUAUUGGUUUUCCUUUUGGUGUUGCUCAAGUUAAUCUUCAAGAAGUCCAGAAAAAAAGAAGUGAAUCUCCCACCAAGCCCUUCAAAACUACCAAUAAUUGGUAAUCUUCACCAGCUAGGGAGCAUGCCUCACCUCUCUCUCAGAAGCCUGGCAGAAAAGUAUGGUCCUAUAUUGUUCUUGCAGCUUGGUGAGAUCCCAACUGUGGUGGUUUCAUCAGCUCGACUUGCCAAGGAAGUAUUGAAAACCCAUGAUCUUGCUUUGUGUAGUCGUCCACAAAUCUUUUCUGCCAAACACCUCUUCUACAAUUGCACUGAUAUUGCCUUCUCACCUUACGGUGCUUAUUGGAGGCAUAUUCGGAAAAUUUGCAUACUUGAGCUGUUAAGUGCCAAAAGGGUCCAAUCAUAUAGCUUUGUUAGAGAAGAAGAAGUUGCUCGUCUGAUUCGUCGGAUUGCAGAUUCUUAUCCCGGCACAACCAAUCUGACUAAGAUGCUUGGACUAUACGCAAAUGAUGUACUUUGUCGCGAAGCAUUUGGAAGGGACUUCUCUGGAGGAGGAGAGUAUGACAAGCAUGGGUUCCAAAAGAUGCUGGAGGAGUAUCAAGAAUUGCUGGGAGGAUUCAGUCUUGGAGAUUUCUUCCCUUCAAUGGAGUUUAUACACAGUUUAACAGGAAUGAAAUCGAGACUGCAGGAAACCUUUCGACGAUUUGAUCAUCUUUUCAACCAGAUCUUGAAUGAACAUCGCAACCCCAUGAGAGAAAAAGAGGAGCAUAAGGAUCUUGUGGAUGUUUUACUUGAUAUACAGAAAAAUAGUUCCCUUGAGAUGCCCCUCACCAUGGAUAAUGUCAAAGCUAUCAUCUUGGACAUGUUUGCAGCAGGGACAGACACAACUUUCAUCACCCUUGAUUGGGGAAUGACAGAGCUCAUCGUGAAUCCUAAAGUCAUGGAAAAAGCACAAGCUGAAGUAAGAAGAGUUGUGGGAGACAGAAAAGUAGUGUUAGAGAGUGACUUGCCUCAACUUCACUACAUGAAAGCUGUCAUCAAAGAAAUCUUUCGAUUGCAUCCUCCUGCUCCAGUAUUACUCCCAAGAGAGACUAUGGAACAUGUAAAGAUUGAUGGAUAUGAUAUUCCAGUGAAGACUCGAAUCUUUGUGAAUGCCUGGGCAAUAGGAAGGGAUCAAGAAAGUUGGGAAGAUCCAGAAACAUUUGAACCAGAAAGAUUUAUGGGUAGCACUAUUGAUUUCAAAGGGCAGGAUUUUGAGCUCAUACCUUUCGGAGCUGGUAGAAGAAGCUGCCCUGCUAUUACAUUUGGAACAGCGAGUGUUGAGCUUGCACUUGCUCAACUUCUCCAUAGCUUUGAUUGGGAGCUUCCUGAAGGUGUUACAGCGAAAGAUUUGGAUAUGACAGAAGUUUUUGGCAUUACAAUGCACAGGAUAGCUGAGCUGAUUGUCCUUGCCAAACCACACUUCUCCUAAGAUGGUAUGUACUCAAUAAACAGAUGCAUAAUAGAUGUAACAGCCUAGUCUCUUAAAUGCAACAUACCAAAUACCAAAUACAGUUGUAGUUGAUGGAAAUUUGGUCCCUCCUAAUGGGCUUGCAAUAGUAAAUAUUACAACUCUGUCAGGAAAUCAGCCAGAAUUUUUGGGUGGGUGUUGGAUGGAAUUCAGCGUGUCAUUGUCCAGUAAUUUAAAUAGUAAUACUAAAUGCAUUUGUUUCAA